AUGAUUAUUAUGGCCGAUGAAAGUAUCAUUGAUCAAAUUGAAAAAAGCAACAAUGUAUCAUUAUUAAAACAAAUUAUUCUUCCGUCCGAAGGUAACAAUAGUGAUAGAUCUGAUAAACAGAUACAAUUAUCACAUAAGAAGAAUAAACCGAAGCAUGGUUCUUUGACUUGUGUUGUUUGUGGAUCAUCAGCAAAUGGAUACAAUUUUGGUGCAAUUACAUGUGAAAGUUGUAAGGCUUUCUUUCGUCGUAAUGCUCGAAAAGAUCCUGCUACUUUCUCGUGUAAUAACAAAGGUGAUUGUAAAAUAACAUUUGAACCACGUCGUAAUUGUUUGGCUUGUCGUUUAGCCAAGUGUUUUAAUAGUGGAAUGCGAUGUGAUCGACUUUUGACGAAUGAACAAAAAGCGGCAAAACGUGGUCGACUAGAAGAAAAUAGAAAUUUAACAUUGAACUCAAAUUCUAAAACAAAUAAUGAACAAUUUCAAUUGUCAUCAUCCACAUCUUCAGACAAUUUACUAACAUCGAUAGACACAAAUAUUCUUCUCACAGAUUUUACCAAUCUUUUAUCCUCUCAACCACAGCAGAUAUUACUCAGUUGGGAAGAUUUACAACGUAUAGAAACUAUAUCACUUUUUUAUCAAAACCGUAUCGAGUUUGCGGCUCGUAAUGGUCUUCCAUGGAAUCCAUCAAUGCAUGCAAGGACUUUUUUACAAGUUAUCAAUAGUUAUUCAGUAUCCGCCAUGCGACUUUUAUCAUUCCUCAAACAAAUACCUGAAUUUAAUCAAUUAAAUGUUGAUGAUAAAGUUACGUUAAUUAAAUAUAAUCUUCCGAAGAUUCUUGGUAUAAACUAUGCACUUUCAUAUAAUAUAGAAACUAAUCAACUCAUUGAAAGUGAUUCUGAUGUACCAUUGAAUACACAAUUCUUUCCAAUACUUCAUGAUUAUAAUACUCGUACGCAAAUAAAAAAGAUCUUUGCUUCAUUUUUACAUAUAAUCAAAUAUGAUCGAAAAAUCAUUGAAUUAACAGUUAUUAUACUUAUUCUUACAAAAGGUUUUUCAAUAACUAGUAAUCAUGAUGAACCAAUACUCAAUGAUAAAAUGUCUGCAUAUCGCGCACAAAAUUAUUACACAGAACUAUUGUGGAAAUACAUGGAAACAAGGCAUGGCUAUGAAAAAGCAAUCAAGUUAUUUAGUGAACUCAUUGUUCAUGUCAUCUCAUGGCAAACAGUUCAUGAAGAAAUCGAAAAUGAUAUAAUGCGAACAUUAUCACCAAAAGAUAUUAAUGAAUUAGUGCCAAUUAUGAAAUCUAUAAUGCGCUUUUCAUAA